AUGAAUGGCAUGCUCUGCCAAUCAUUGACAGUAUAUAAAGGUCCAAGGCUAGUAGCAGACACACAGUUCACCACAUCCUCUCGCAACCCACGUGAAUUCUCUUCUCUUGACAACAACAUGUGUUGCAAGUACGGCAGCUCCUGUGGCUAUGGCUGUGGAUAUGGCCCCUAUUAUGGCUGUGGCUAUGGCUCCUGCUGUGGCUAUGGCACCAGAUAUGGCUGUGGCUGUGGCUAUGGCUCUGGUUGCUGUGGCUACCGGCCAUUUUGCUGUAGAAGAUGUUAUUCUUCUUGCCGCUAG